AUGGCAUUCAGACGGCGAAGACAUUAUGAACAUGAAACUAACAAUAUUGUCGUCAAGAUUCUGCUUGGAAUUGUAAGUAUUAGGGUCGGGCGAGUAAUGGAUUCGGGAGAGGGUGAAAAAAAAGAAAAGGGCAUGUACUUUUAUAAAUAUACUUUCAGUUUCUUCUGAGUGUGUUCUACAUCUCAAUUAAAGCAAUACUUUACAUCUUGUUUGACACAGAUAAUGACAUUGAAGUAAGGCUACGUAAAGCGGCCGAACCUUGCAGUUCGCCACGAUAUGCCAUUUUAUGCAACUGCUUUUAUCAAUCUUCAGUUGUUGUUGGUAUGUGGGUAAGUCUUGCACCUUUUUUAUCAGUUUGAAGCUUUCUUAGGUCUGGCUCUAGCUCUUUUUCUAGCUCUAGCUUUAACUCUAGCUCUAGCUCUAACUUUAGCUCUGGCUCUAGUCCUAUUCAUAAACUUAUCAAGAUUUAAAAAAAACUAAAUUUUUUUCAUAUUCAGUUACUACGAACCGCCCGUUUACGACUACCAUACCAUCGAUUUCAAAGUCAAACUCUAAGCGAAAGUUUUGAAAUAAAGCAGAGCCAAAAGAUAGCUGUUAUGUAUCCAGUGGUGCUGGUUUGUUUCAUAUUAGGCUGUUUGGGGCUACCGUGUGAAGCAUUGACAGUUUAUAUUGCAUUUGCUAAAGAUUUAAGCCCAAUUUGGAUGGAGCUGUAUCGCAUGUUUAUUAAUGUAAGUUUCUGUUUGAAAUUAUUGAAAAGUGAGGGCUAAAUGUAAAUUUUAAAAAUGAAAAAUAAAAAAAUAUUUUCUUUAGCUAGACUAUUUUUUCAUCUCACUGUACACAAUAUUUGCUACACUAUAUGCUUACUGGAAGUUUGGGAUCAUUAUCAAGCUACAACCAAAAAAAGUCCACUAUAAAGAUAAUGCCAAAGAAAUAGAAGUUUACUUCAAUAGUCUAGUAUUUGACUGGGAGGACAAGUACAGAAAGAGAUACUGUAUUUAA